AUGGACAUCGUUUGGAGAGAGUCUGCAGACAACGUGGUCUACGAAGAAGCUCGUGUUGGUCGUGUGUUUAAUCACCGGCGACCAUCGCGUUUUCCUCAGGCCGUCGUAAAAGCAAGAAGUGAAGACGAUAUUGUCAAAGCCGUGAAGUUGGCUGCAGAGCGGAAAUGUCGCGUUGCUGUUCGAUCUGGUGGACAUUCGUGGGCUGCUUGGAGUGUACGGGAUGAUUCUAUCUUGAUUGAUCUCGGGAACUACAAAAACAUGGAGGUCGAUGCAACUAAUCGGGUUGCAAGAGUUACGCCAAGCAUGACAGGCCGAGAACUGAAUUCUGUUCUCAUCAAGGACCACGGAAUGAUGUUUCCUGGUGGCCAUUGUCCGGAUGUGGGGCUGGGUGGGUUUCUGCUCCAGGGUGGCAUGGGUUGGAAUUGUCGGAACCAAGACUUGUAUUGGGCCGCCCGGGGAGCCGGACCUGGAUUCCCCGGAGUAGUCACCAAAUUCCACCUGAGUCUGAUUCCAUACCCCGAGAAAGGAUUUCGAUCAUCCGGUUACUUGUACCCAAUCAGUAUGUAUCGCAAGGCUUUCGAUUGGGUCUUGUCGAUUACCCCAAGCUUCGACAAUGACACGGAGAUUGCAGUGAUCUCACACUACCCUGAAGGAGAGGCUGAAAUGCAUCUAUUCAUUUUGUUUGUCGUUAUGAAAAACACAUCCGAAGAAGCGGAGGCCGCACUUCGCCCAGCACAGGAGACUCGUCCCGAUGGGGCUGCCAAAGAAUGGUUUUGCGUCGAAGACAGCCUUGAAACUCAAUACAAAAACCAAGAAGGUGCCAACCCAGAGAAUCAUCGUUACUGUGCCGAGAACGCAUAUAUCAAGAAUGACGCCGAUGUUCCAGCUGUAUUGGAAGAGGCUUUUACUACUCUUCCCCAUCGGAAAGCUUUCUCGCUUUGGUAUCCCAUGAAUCCAUGCAGUCGGCGCAAACUCCCUGAUAUGGCUCUUAGCAUGCAGUCUGAUCACUAUUUUGCAUUGUAUACUGUUUGGGAAACGGAGUCGGAUGAUGACCGAUGCAAGGCCUGGGUGAAGAAUGUAAUGAAGAAGGUCGAACGCCAUUCGGUUGGCGCAUAUCUGGGUGAUUCGGAUUUUCAAGUUCGGAAAACUAAGUUCUGGGCAGAUGAUAAUGCCAGACGGUUGAUGGAUAUUCGACGCAAAUGGGAUCCCAAUGGAAGAAUUUGCGGUUAUUUAGACCAGGGAGAUCAAUCCGGGACUCAAGGAUUGACGAAUACGCAUGAGUGGAAGCUAUGA